AGCUUAAUGCGGUCGACAACAUGAGAAAACACCCAUAAUGUCGUUUUCGAUGGUUUCACAUGUUCAAGGCUCAGUACCCUCCAAAAAGCCAUUGCCAAUGGAUUUCACCUCCCUCAUGGCUUGGAUUUGGACAUAUCACACAUACACACAUAUAUAAAUAUAUUUGAGCAGUGAUAGAGAGCAUGACUCUUUCUCAUUUCUCUAAUUGAGCAUCUCUUUCCCCUCUUCCACAAUUUGUUGCGUAACUGGUUUCCCUUCUUAGCUUCCAUUAGUAAUUCCUUAUAUCCUUGUUGCUUAAGGAACUAGUUAUGAAGAACUCAUCGGUGUUCAUGGCGGAUUCCGUUGAUGAAGACUGUGAUUAUCUGUUCAAGGCGGUUUUGAUCGGGGACUCUGGAGUUGGGAAAUCAAACUUGCUGUCCAGGUUUUCCAAAGACGAAUUCCGGCUGGAUUCCAAGCCCACCAUCGGUGUCGAAUUCGCUUACCGGAAUAUCAAGGUUGGUGAUAAACUCGUCAAGGCUCAGAUAUGGGACACUGCCGGCCAAGAAAGAUUCAGAGCGAUCACCAGUUCAUACUACCGUGGAGCGCUAGGUUCGAUACUAGUGUAUGACAUAACACGGCGAAAAUCCUUCGACAAUGUGGAUAAAUGGUUGCGUGAGCUCCGCGAGUAUGGUAAUUCCGAUAUGGUUAUAGUUCUUGUGGGGAACAAAUCGGAUUUGAGUUACUCGAGAGAGGUCACCGAGGAAGAAGGUAAAAAUUUUGCAGAGGCAGAAGGGAUAUGUUUCAUGGAAACUUCAGCUCUAGAGAAUGUGAACGUCGAGAGACUAUUCUUGGAUAUGAUUUCUAAGAUUCACGAAAUAACGAGCCAAAAGAUUUUGGACACCAAAAUGGAUGAUCAAACUAGUGCAAGUCUUCAGUCUGCGAAAGAAAUCAUACAUAUUGAUGAUGAUAGUGAAGUCACGGCUACUAAACAAUCAAGUUAUUGUUGCUCAUGAUAAUUUUGUUCAGCUCUUAUGUACACUCCAUGGGAGUGAGAAAGAGAGAGAGCUUGUAUAGAAUUGAAGAAUUUUGAUUUUGAUUUCUUUCGGAUUGGUCAUACUCAGAUCCCGAUUUAUUGAUUCGCAUUUUCC